AUGCCAGAAACAGACGCUCUCAUGAAAUCCAAGCCUCAAGUGACAGCCUCCCUUGCGUUCGCCACGCUCGUCGCUUGCUUCGGGUCGAUACAAUACGGCUACCAUAUGGCUGAACUCAACGCGCCCGGUCAGGUUCUUUCUUGUUCCAAAUACGAAGCUCCCUGGCCCGAGAUGCCCUACGACGAGACGUGGCUGGGCAGGCAUGCAUUUAAGCAGUGUAUUGAGCUUUCAGAACAGCAGCUGGGUCUUGCUACGUCGAUUUUCUCCAUCGGAGGACUCGCGGGCUCACUGUAUGCUGGCCGGUUGGCGGAUAGAUAUGGCCGCAAACGUUACAGUUUUGUCAACUGUGUGACAGGAAUUCUCGGUUCCCUAAUCAUAUUUUCGGCCAAUACGUAUGGACAGCUUAUUUUGGGGCGAUUCGUGGUAGGCAUGUGCUGCGGGAGCUCUAUCGUGGUAACUCCGUUGUACAUCAAUGAAAUGUCGCCAAAAGAACUGCGCGGCUCCCUGGGAUCCAUGAACCAAGUGUGCAUUAAUCUCGGAAUUCUUUUAACACAGCUAUUGUCUCUGGAACUAGCUGACUCUUAUCGCUGGAGGUGGCUAUUGCUAGUUGGUGCGCUCCUUGCUCUUGUCAACCUAUUGUUGUUGUUUCGCAUCGAAGAAUCGCCCUUAUGGCUGGCAUCUCAGGGAAAUUUGGAGGGCGCAGAAAGUGUUCUGCGGGAACUACGUGGCGGUGACUCUCGGAGAUCCCGCGAAGAAGUAGAAGAGUGGCUGACUGCCCGUGGCGCUUCCAGAAAUGGCAUCUCCUACGCAGCUUCGAUGGAUGGAGCGCCCUUGAAUGCUCGAGCCGCUUCGCAGCAGUCAUCUUUGAGGUCGUCAGAAGAAAUGUCCACCGCGGCCAAAAUAUCACUCGCGCGGUAUUUCACAGAUCCACGCUACCGUCAGUCCCGGUGGGCCGUCACGGCCAUACUUGUGAGUCAACAAUUCUGUGGUAUCAACUCUAUCAUCUUUUAUGGUGUCAAGGUCGUGAGUGGGCAACUACCACAGUACGCCAUAGUAGUCAACUUCGCCAUCUCGAUCGUUAACGUUAUUGUGACGUUUGGUGCUUCGUUUUUGGUGGAUCACUGGGGGCGCAAACCACUUUUGAUUACGUCUGCCGCAGCAAUGUCAGUAGCGACUGCCUUUGUCUCCGGCGGAAUUGUGGCCAAUAACGCGGGCGUGUUGGUGACAUUCACAGUCAUAUACGUGGCAGUCUUUGCAAUUGGACUUGGCCCUAUUCCGUUCCUGGUUAUCUCGGAGCUUUCUCCACCAGAGGCUGGUGGGAUUGCACAAAGCUACGGCACAACUUGUAACUGGGUUGCAACGUUUGCAGUUGGAUAUGGAUUUCCACUACUAAACGCCUGGCUUCAGGGCUAUGUUUUCUUGAUAUUUAGCGCAUACGCUGCAGGGUUUGCUGCCUACGUGUGGCUCAAGAUCCCGGAGACGAAGGGAAAACAAGAAGAAGAGCUUCGGUGGAGACAAUAG